AUACGCUCGUAUCACCCUGUAUGACUAUGUCUUCCAGUGAAGACAUUCUUUCUGUCAUGUCGCUCGACGACGAGCCUCUUCAACGAGCGCCCGAAGGCUACUACGUCGCGAACGAGUGCCCGAAUGGAGCGGAGCAGUUCACUUUCACUUGUCCCUACAUUCACUGCGAUGGCUGGAUCUUUGUCUCUGCCGAAGAGUGCUAGAAGCACGAAAAGAACUGGCACCAAGGUCCCUAUGCGUGCGGGCAAUGUCAUGUGAGCUUUGCUGCUCAGCCUGCACUCCAGCGACAUUCCAAGGCAAGCAAGCAUGAUAUCCGGUGGUUGUGUGAAGAUGAAGACUGCGAGAUGGUAGGAGAAGCUUUUGAGACAAAUGCACUCUUUCGCGAGCAUGUUCGAAACUCAAGCGGUCACAAGUACUGGCUUGCGGGUGACACUGCAAAUGAUAACGACUCGGUGUUCACACCAUCUCUCAACUCUAGUCAUCAGACCGCAGAAGAUGAUGUUUUUGGGCCUUUCGCGUCAGAUGGAAAUAUCUGUAACGAACCCUGCUGCCGGCACUACGGUACAGAUUACAAGUGCAAGUCUGAGUUCAACCGCCACGCAGACACAGGCGCUCAUCGAACUGCCGCAAAUCUGAGCAACGUCUUGCUCUCGAGCAUUCCUACUGCCUCUGCACUCCAGGCCGAGCAGGAAGGUCUUCGAUCCUUCCGAUGCAAUUCUCGCAGCUGCCACCGACACGGGGAAGUCUUUAGUACAGCCAAGGCUUUCUUCAACCACCUGAAAGACGACGAACAUCGCGACGGAUGGUAUGUCAAAUUCGACGACGAUGACCUCGAUUACAGUAGCGAUAGAGAUGGCUUGCCUGGAAUUCAGUUUUAUGCUGGUGGCAAAAAAGGCAGAUGUGUCAACGAGAAAUGUCCCCGGUUUCGUUUCCAGUUUGACUCUUAUGGCGCUAUGAAGCAGCACAGCAGAUCACUCGGUCACGUCCGGGCGGAAGAAGACUUGGGGUUGACAGACGCGGACGAAUCAGGCGAAGAAGUCUGGAAGAAGAGCGCGGUACAUGGCAUGGAGGUUGCGGAGGAUGGAUUACUCUGGAAGUGCACCAAACAAGGCUGCAAGAAGUUCAACGUUGUCAUCAAAGGGCUUGGAAAUGCCAAGAGUCACUACAACUCUGAUACUCACCUCACGGCCGCGGAGGAGAUCGCCACUUCAUCUGAUGAAUCCGUCGAACAUAUCGAAGGCAUGGAGUUCUUGAAAGACGGUGACGGCUGGAGGUGCCUCAAGCGCGGUUGCCGAAAAUUCAACAAAUUUUUCCUGCAUCUGGGCAAUGCCAAAAAGCACGCCAGCGGUGACAGCCAUGCCUUGGCUGAGGAGCCCGAUUCUGCAGAUGAGAACCUCGACGGGCUGGAUUACUCGAUGGAGGAAGGUGUCUGGACUUGUGUUAAACCUGGCUGCAAACGAAUUAACGCUAUCUAUCAGCAUCUCACCAGCGCCCGAAAACAUGCCAAUGCGAACUUCCAUGCUCUGGCUGAGGAGCCCGCAGAGGAAAUCCUGGAAGAUAUCGAGGGCAUGGUGGUCUUGGAUGGAGAGAGUGCUUAUAUGUGCAUCAAGUUCGGCUGCAAAGGCUCAGGCAAAACCUACUCUAACGUCCGCUCUGCCAAGCUGCACGCGAACGCUAGACCUCACAUGAAAGCUGGCGAUAUUUCAGCUUUCAUGCCUAAUCAGUUCAACAUGGACUUGUUCGCAACCCCGACGCGAACUCCGAGGAACCUACUGCUCACACCCAUGGAGACAGAGGAAUCGACCAUUGUUGUCACCCCAGGGAGCCCUUCUGCUGGUCGUGGAACCAACCCUGCGGGACAUCCAGCUGGCGCCCGAAACGGUACCUCUGCUCGGACUACGAAGAUGAUUCGACUAGGAAGGUCUUCGGUGACCACAGCCGGGAGUAGUAAGCAUGAAGUGCUAGAGAGGAAGAACCGAGAGUUGGAAAGUCGUGUUGCCAAGCUGGAGAUGCAGAUGGGCCAGGUCCUCGGUUCGCAGAGUCCUCAGAUCCAGAACAAUGCGCACUAUCAGAACUCCCAGGUUCAUCAGAGUGCGCAGUGGUUUCAGCAGAUCCCUGAACUUCCUCAGGCUCAUGAGACUACAUGCGCGCGUGUUGAAGGGUUAUCCAAGUUUGUGCGGGCAGCGUACCGUCCUAAGAUGUCGAUGCCCGUAAACGAGGAUGAACUGUGAGAGGUAUUAUUGUCGAGUUUACAAACGAGGGGUGGAAUGCUCUCAAGUGAAUAAGAUGACAUGUCGAAGGAAAAGAAAGGUUGAUGUUUGAUGUUGUCAUUUUACAAGAUUGAUCGGGAAUUUGUGAUGAAAACAAUUGCUUUUAGAUACUGGCUGUGCGUAGGGGUCUAGAUACAAGACAUGAUCGAGAAUCAAAUCUGUGCGAGUUCUAUCCCAUUUCACCAGAAAUAUCCAUCUUCA